CAACACAACACCCACAACGCACACAACACGCGUGAGGAAUUAUUGAAUAAAAUUUAAUUUGAUUUGUCUGAAUUUUAGGAUUUUUAGUGAUACUGUUUCUAAUUUAUUGACUAUAAUACCGGCGUAUUUUGACCACAACCGGUCGCUCUAGUGAGAAACAAGACAGAAUUCAAUUUAAUAGAUAAGUACAUAUUCGUCUGAGAUUUGCAGCAAUGCCUGUUGAUCAGAAGCGCAUUAAUGGUCCCGAAGGAUCACUGCCCUAUCAGAUAUUCGGUAAAAACCUGAACAAAACAUUCGAAGAACGGGCUGCGGACGUGUUUGAUUCUAGCGGCCAAAGGAAGUGUGGCCGAAAAGACAAUGAAAGCCGCAAAUAUUUUAUGAAGCUCGGUGUCGUCUCGACAGCCAAGGGUUCUGCCUAUGUGGAACUAGGAAACACCAAAGUGAUAGUUUCGGUAUUUGAUCCCCGUGAGAUUCCCAAGCAAAACAAAUUCCGUGCUCUUGGCGAGUUGUACUGUGAUUUUAAAUUCUCACCGUUCGCUUGCACACACCGGAAGAACCCUCAAACGGACGCCGAAGAACGGUCACUGGCGGCGGCAAUGGCCAAGGCUCUACAACCGGUUGUUUGCCGACACCUAUUCCCCAACUUCCAAAUCGACAUCUUUGCAAAUGUGUUAGAGGAUGAUGGUUCUGUGUUGGCUACAGUAAUAACCGCUGCCGGAUUGGCCUUGAGUGACGCCACCAUUUCCAUGUUCGAUAUCGUUACGGCUUCGACAGUUGCAGUCAUUGGGGAUAGAAUCUAUGUGGAUCCAACGCUCGCAGAAGAACGUCUCAGCUUGGAGGGUGGAAAAAACGGUAACCAUGGAGUGAUCACCAUGGCCAAGCUUCACGCACUAGAUCAGACAUCCGAGAUAAGACAAGCUGGAGAUAUAUCUUUGGGUAAACUAAAAGAAGCGUGUCAGAGACUCAACGAAACGAACAAUGAAGUAGCCCCCAUCGUUCAACAGAUGCUGGUCAGUAAGGUACAGCAGCAUAUGUCGGAAAUUGAUUUAGAGGAAGAUAUUGAUGCUGAGGAAGACAAUGAAGAUUUAGAUACCACAGCUACAAGUCAAGUUUCGAUUGUUGAAGAUUCAUGAACAAAUAAAAAUAAGUUUCAAUAUUGAAAAUAGAGCAAAACUUUUUCGCAGAA